AUGAAUCUUUCACUACAGGACCCGUUUAGUGUCGCUAAAGAGUAUCCGGAAGGUUUGACCCAUACUCUACAAUAUGGACAUAGCGUGAUACUACAAUUCACUGAUAGAGGCGACUAUCUUGCCCUGGGAUUGGCCGAUGGAUCAAUCAUCAUUUACGACAUGAUCAGUUCUGCACCGAUAGUACAUCUAGAUACUGGAUGUCAUGUACGUCCAAUCACUUCGCUCAAUUGGAGUAGUUGUGGGCGAUACUUGUUGAGUAGUUCGCAGGAUUGGUAUGUUAAAUUGUGGGAUUUCCUGAAGGUGAACAACUCAGAGGAAGACCCCGUUAUUCGCCAAGUCAAGUUCGAUGGCCCAAUUUGGGGUGCUAGUUUACAUCCAGAUGAUCCAUACGUGUUUGUGGCUAGUUUGUUUGACGAUUCACCUGUGCAUGUUGAUAUGCACGAGGAAGUUGCUAAAGUCACCCGCCUUACCACAACCCCGCUCGAAAAUCAAGAUGCACUUGGAGAAGAUGUGGAUAUGGAUGAUGACGAACCGAAAAAGACCAAGCGAAAAGAUAGGCAUAUGACGCUUGUGACUACAUUUACACCCAAUGAUGGUGGAUACAUCUUUACUGGUACAUCAAAGGGGUGGGUGAAUAUUUUUGAAACAAAAACUCUCACUAUCAAACGACUGAUCAAAAUUGCAAAUUCCAACAUCAAGCAUUUAGUUAUAUCAUCCAACGGACGCAAGCUAGCAGUCAAUUCGUCCGAUCGUAUUAUUCGCCAAGUCAAUCUCCCUGAUCUUAUCAACAUUUCCGAUGCUAAUGAUUGGGAGUUUGAAAUUGACCACAAGUAUCAAGAUGUGGUUAAUCGAUUGCAAUGGAACUCUAUGAGUUACAAUCAUAAUGGGGAAUUUUUGGUGGCGUCGACUUACGGGCAAUCGUCACAUGAUUUGUACGUGUGGGAGACGUCCAUGGGGUCGUUGAUCAAGAUUUUAGAAGGGGCCAACGAAGAAUUGAUUGAUGUCAAGUGGAACUACUCUCGGUGUACGAUUGGAUCAAUUGGGUUGGAUAGUGGGGCUAUAUAUCUCUGGCUGGUGGUGUUUCCGCAGAAAUGGUCGGCUUUAGCGCCUGAUUUUGUAGAGAUUGAAGAAAAUAUAGAGUAUAUCGAAGGGGAAGACGAAUUUGAUAUUAUUGAUGAUAACGAAUUGACAAAGAAACGGCUCGAGGAGGAGGAUUUUAAUGUUGAUGUUGUCAAUGGAGACUUAGUUGAUGCUAGAGGGUUUGAUAUAAGGAGAAAAGGAUUUAUAAUCCCGAUAGCAUAUGAGUAG